UUUUCAGCCUGAUGAAAUUCUUUUUUUUUUUUUUCCGUAACUUAGUUUGUUGUAUACCACAUAAACAAGAGGUUUAAUUAAGCUAACCAAACUUCAAUUUACUCCAAUUUGAUGUACUAAACUUCAACUAUUUCUAAUAGGGGAAUCAGAUAGCAAUUAAUUCUGCGAAUUAUUGUGCUGUUAUUCGUCGAAUAUGAUGUGAUAGCUGAGUUAGCUGGUAGAGUAUGCCACACUGAUACAUCUAUUUCAAUAAUUUAAAGUUCUGGGAAUUACGGUUUCUGUUUAGGGUUUGGAACUUGCUCACAAACUGUUUGACACAAUGUCAGCAAAAAAUUAGAUUGAGGCAACUAUUGCUUUGAGUUUAUGAAUUCUUUGAGGGUCAUCUAGGGUUUCCAUUCUUAGUUGCAGUUAUCUUUGCAAAGGUAUAACUUUUCGGUUUUAAGAGCUACCGAGUGGUUGUUGAGAAUCAUAAGAGUAUUUAACUAGUCCCGAUGUUCGAAGACAUGGUAGUCAAUUUGUAGAUGUUUGAUGAUACGGAGCGCGUGCUGAAGUAUUUCAACGAUGUAGACAUUGACCGAUAUAAUUUAGGGCUAUUCCAAGAGGAAAAUAAAGGAAUUAUGAGCAAUAAUUCUGCUGUAGUUGACGCUGGGAACUAUGAUAUGGCCCUAUCUUACGGCAACGGAAUGAUGAACGACAAUCUCAAUAUGCUUAAACACGAGAACAAUGGAAUGAUGAACAAUAAUUGCGGUACUGUCGCGGUCAAGAACAAUGGAGAGAUGGUGAACAUCUUACCGAUUGUUCCGCCGAGUAAUUCUGGCAACGGCCAGGUUGAGCUGGCGCGCGGUUUCCACCAUGGAAAUCCGGCGAAUGUGAAUUGGUCCCAUGAGCAGAAUAAUGGAAUUAUGAUCAAUAACUCCGCUAUAGUUGGGAACACAAGAACAAUCGCCAACUCCGAUGCGCUAGUCCUACAGAAGGACAAUCGAGUAACAAACAACAAUGCCGCUAUGGUUGAAGUCGCGAACAACGGAAUGAUGAGAAACAACUGUAGUGUUGCCACAGUCGAGAACAAUGGACCGACAGAUAACAUUUCUCUGAAUAUUCUGCCUAGUAAUUCUGGCAACGGGCAUGUGGAGCUAGUGCAAGGUUCCUGUUGUGGAAAUUCGAUGAAUGUGGAUUGCUCUCGUCAACGAAAUAAUGGAAUUAUGAACAAUAGUUCUCCUAUGGUUCAAGCCGGGAAUACCUGCUGUACUGUCCUACCUGAGGACAGUGGAAUGGCGAACAACAAUACUGUGAUGGUAGUACAACAGAACAAUGGGAUGGCGAAUAGUUAUGGUAGUAUUGUCAUAGCUGAGAACAACGGAGAGACGAGGAGCAUUGCUCCUAUUAUUCCCUUGUGUAAUCCCAGCAACAAGCAUGUUGAGCCAGUGCACAACUUUCGUCAUGGAAAUCCGGCGGUCCUGAGUUGGUCCCGAGAAGAACAAUCUAUUUUGAUGGAAAACCUUCCCAAGUAUGAGAACGAGCCAGCAUUGAUGAAAUAUGUUAAAAUAGCAGCUAUGCUUCCCAAAAAGUGUGCAAGGGAUGUUGCAAUGAGGUGUAAGUGGAUGGAAAAGAAACAAACUGCUGAAGAACAUAGUGCGGGAAGGAUCAGUGAAGAACAUAGUGCGCAAAGGAUCAGCGAAGAUAAGAAGGGAAAGAAGGUUGAUACUUCUCAAAGAACCAAUAAUCUGCCCAGGCAACGAAAAGCUAAGGCUCCUAAUGCAACUGAGAAUAAAACAGGUUCCAAAAAGGAAAUGGAGCAAAUUUUGAAAGCAACCAACAGACUUGUUGACCAGCUUGAAGCAAAAAUUGGGGCAGACACGGAUAUCAAAAAGCUCAUCUCUGGAAUCAAGAAAGGCAUCCGAGCUGCUCUAAAUGGUGCGAGUCAGAUGACUGAUAAAUUUGAUGACGAUGCUGCAUGUCCUGAUUGAUGCAGAACCAGCUAAUUCCUCGUUACCAGGUGAUGCCGAGGUCAACGCAUCCAACAACACUCAAUACCAAGCUGCUGCAGUAUGAAAAGAAAUAGGAAUCUGUAGAUACACAGCCACCUUGCACAAAUACCAACAAGAGUCUGUAAAUACCCCAAUACCGAAUACUGAAUCUGAAAGAAAAGAAAGAGGCAGAUGCUGGAUAGGGUUGCCUCAAGUAUUAGUUUUAAUUUUCUUUUUGAUUCUAUAAUUUGUCAAUUAUGCUUUACAUAAUAUGAUUUACAUUAUAGUUCGCAGAUUAGUGUUCUUUUUUUCUUUUUUUUUUUGUAAUGUUUAGCAUUUAGACUUGGGAAAGAUUAGUGGUACAGAGCAAUUGCUCUGUAAAUAGCUAGCAAAAAUUGUCGAGGGAGAAGGAGAAAAAACGAAAUUUACAGAGACUGGCUGGUACUGUCUUUCUUUCUU